UGAACGUCCAUGACAUUUCGUAAGCUUUUACAAAGUGUUAAACUACCAAUUAUACAAGCGCCUAUGGCUGGUGUGAAUACACCGCAGAUGGCUAUAAGUGCCUGCAAUAGUGGCAUUGUUGGCAGUAUUGGUUGUGGGAUGAUGGAGCCGGCUUCUAUCAAGGGUUCCAUAGAAAAGAUCAGAAAUGGCACAGAAAAGCCCUUCAAUAUAAACCUAUUCAUAGUAGAUAAUUUGGAUGGCUACCAACCAGACAGAGUAGCAAUAAAAUGGCUUGAUGACGUAUAUGCUGAGCGAGGACUCGAGCUACCAAAUCCUAGUAAAUUCGCCCCAAAGUUUGAAGAUCAGUUCGCUGUGCUUCUUGAGCAAGCUCCACCAAUAGCCUCAUUCGCUUUUGGUAUUCUCGACGGGCCGCAAGUGAGAAAUUUACACGAUCGCAAAAUAGCUGUCGUUGGGGCUGCUACUAGUUUAGAAGAGGCUCUUCAGUGGGAGUCUGUGGGUGCUGAUGCCUGCGUUAUCCAAGGGAUCGAGGCUGGUGGCCAUAGGUGUUCCUUUAUCAAUACAGAUGAUCCAGGUCAACCAUUAUUAGAGCUUCUUGAAAGCGUAAGGAAUCAUCUAAAUAUACCCCUCAUUGCUGCCGGUGGGCUCAUGAAUGGUGGAGAUGUUCAAGCUGCACUAUCCGCUGGUGCUGAUUAUGCGCAACUUGGCACUGUCUUCUUAACGACAGACGAAUCACCAAUACCUCAGGCAUAUCGCGAUGCAUUAUAUUCUUCCAAAGGCGAGGAUACAACGCUCACAAAGGGAUUUUCGGGUCGUCUGGCACGUGGAAUACGUAAUAAGUUUAUCAAUCAAUCCUCACAUCAAUACAGCUUCCCUUAUCCAGUGCAGAACGCCUUCACACAACCACUACGCAAAGACGCAGCACAGAGAAACAGUUCGGAUGAUUUGUCUAUGUGGUCAGGUAAAGGUGUUGAAGCUGUGAAAGACUCACCCUCAAUCGAAUCACUCGUGACGAGACUUGAGGAGGAAUAUUAUGUAAAAUAACAUGAACGAACGAGAACUUUACACCCAUUAUGAUUGCUUAUUCCGCUUGAUUUCAAUUCGCUAGCAUUUGACUUGUUUCUCAGUUGAACAUUGUAGAAGGUCAGGUAAAAAGAUUGUUCCCGUAAUAUUAUUUAGAUUAUAAACCUCUAUAGAAUGAAUGAAAGCUCAGGGGUAUAUAGAGCUUUUCUAUCACAUCUUUGCCCAGUAUGCUAUGUAAUGAAAGUAAUGUGGGCGAUGAUAGUGCAAAAACUUAUUACAAGUAACAAGCGGGAAUUUUCUAAAUCUUGUACAUUGAUUUAGCUUCUUGAGUGGUCUUCAAGAGGCAUUAUAAACGAGAUAACUCAAUUG